UAGUUUAGUCAAGUCGUAUUCUUUGUUGUCUAGUAAUUUAUACAAUAGUGGGGAAUAGUCUUAUGUCAUGAUUGUUGCUACUAUUCAAACGUAUAGUUAAAAUGACAAUGAAAAACAGGUUACGGUUAAUAUAGUUUUUUUUCUCAGUGUACGUUUUGAAACCUCUGCCCCUUUUUCGACCGGCACCCUUCCUUGUAUUAUAGAACGCACCAAACUGUUUUGACGUUUUGACCCAAAUAUUUUGCACGAUUUGGUAGAGCAGAAAUAUCUUUUUGUUAAAUUUCCAAGUUUUCUACGCAAUUACGAUCCAAAACAAGUUUUCAUUGUAGGUUCAUCAAUAUGGCUUCCAAUCAUGUUGAAGAAUUGGAGCUACUCGAGCGUGUUUUGCUUCGUCUUGGCUGUGCCGAUACGGAUGAACAACUGCAGAAUACGGUGACUAAGUUUUUGACACCGGUUCUGAUCAAGAUUACGUCACCGCACGAAGGAGUUCGCAAAAAGGUGAUGGAGAUACUAACGCAUAUAAACAAGCGGCUGAAAUCCCGGAAUCAGAUUCAGAUUCCACUUGGCCCGCUACUACAGCACUAUCAGCAGUCUAGUUCGUCAUUUUUGAUAAAUUUUGCCAUUAUUUAUAUCACAAUGGGCUUUCCGCGUUUAUCAAUCGAGGAACAGACUGAAAUGGCUCCGUUACUCAUGAACUGUUUGGAGGGUAAACCGGAGCCUCAUCAAGACAAAAUAUUGAUGUUGGUUCUGCCGCUAUUGGGAGACAUCAAAAUUCCAGAGAAUCCGGAGAAACGCUCGGAGCUGUUGGGUCUAUCGGGGAAACCACACACCAAGCAGCAAUUUCUUUCUAUUCUCAUGGAUGUUCUGCUUCUUCCGUACGGAACGAUUCAAGAUGGUGAAGUUCCCUCGGGAAUGAGCACUUAUACCUUUAAAAGGGUAACUAGUGAACAACUGAAAGCCGAGGAACUGGAACAGCUGAAGAAAGGCAUUGUUCGUUUGCUGUGUGGUGGAAUUUUUCCCGAACCGGAAAUUCUCACCCAUCUGAUAGUGGCAUCUGCGGAUACCAGGUUCUCGGUAGCAACACCGGCUAUUGUUGAGCUCAACAAAAUUUCCUCUUCUCUAGAUUGGACCGACCCAAAGUUGUCAUCACCAAUUUAUACAUUAUUUUCGGGAAACGGGUCGAAAAUACCGGAUCGUAAAACGAGCCCUGUUAACACACGGGUGCGACAAAAGCUAUUCCAACAUUUGCUGAAAUGUCGCGGUAAUGGGAUCAUUACGGCCAAAGGGAUCCAGGUCAUUUUUGAGGCUCUGUUCGGAGAGAAUACAAAUCAAAAAUGCAAAGUUCUUGCAUUACAGUUUGCGGAUAAGUUAAUUACAAAUGGCCAACCAGAUCUAAUCAACAAAUUAUCGAAAGUAUUACUGACCGGAAUUUCAAAACUAAUUGGGAAAACUUCAGAGGAAUCCAAUGAAGUUCAGAAUGCGGCUUACAAUGCCCUCGCGCAAUUAGCAAUUGUUUGUCCCACGAGUGUCAACCACGAUGUUCAGCUAGUGGCUGCUUAUUUCGACCAUCUUUCGCAGGGACCCGUUGAGUUGCAUACUCCCAUAAGAGAUGCUUUGGUUGCUUUAGCCCAGGCUUUUGACUGGCGAAAACAACCGAAGCCAGCUGGUGAUGUCGUGCUACCUAAAGGAGAAAACGAUACCGUUAUGACUGCUAGAGGUCGAUUUGUUCCCAAUUCUAAUCAGAUUUUACUGUUGGGUCUGUUGGGAGAAAAGGCCGAAUCCAAGUUGACAAUCGUUCAGAAUGUGGCUUCGGUUUUUCUGACUACGUGUUUUCCUGAUUAUUACGUUCCGUCGAGGUAUUUUCUACUGGUUAUUUGUGGGGAAAGCGCCCAGCUCAAGGAAAUGAUGACUAGCUAUCUGUACGGAGUUUCCAGAAAGGACCAUCUGAACUAUGCUGCGAUUCAAUCUUUUGACAACUACAAAGAAGAAUCGAGGGAAACGGAGCAGCCGAAAAAUCCAUUCGCAGUUACUAAUGAACCUAAAUGUAUUGUACUUCCGUGUUUCAAGGAUAUGGUCGAGUAUGUUGCUAUGAAAUCCGAACGAAAAACUGCGACGAUAAUCGACCGGCCUGGGUACGGGAAAAUCAAGCUUGCUUAUAAUUUUGACACAUACAUCGAAAUUUUGGACUAUCUACGGAUUUGUUUGCUGUUCAGUGCCGGAGUCAAUACUCAUCCCGACGACGAUAAGGAAACUCUCAAACUGACAGCAUUUCUGAAGAAGUUUGUUGUUGAAAGUGAAAACGAAAUAGUUGUUCGGAAGUACAACAAUCUAAUUCGGAAACUGAUUAUCGUGAGGAAAGGAAUUACCGAACUGACCUGUCUGUUUGAUUUGGUAAACAGUAUCCCGGAAGUGCUGGCGAAGGAAAACAAAGAUCUUCUAAAUACUUUGGGAUCUUCACUCAAGGAAAUCUCUGAGCCAAUUAGAGCGUUAAUUGCGAAAGUGUUCGGAGUUCUUUUGGCAUAUAACAGUGACGAGCAAGAGCUGGAGGUUCAAAUAAAAGAAUUGCUAUCCCUUUCAAAUAAAUCCUUGGAAAAUCGUCAUGGUUCUAUACUGGCUGCCGCCAACGCUAUCCAUCGCAAGCUAAUAUUGACUCCAGAAUUACAAAGCUGGUCAAUUUUCAAGGAUCUGGUCUCGCUAUUAAUCUCUCUGCUGAACGACCAGCAAUCUCUGCUUCAAUCGGCUUCAAUAAGAGGUCUUAGUUUAAUUGGUUCAACCUCUAAACUUCCGCUUAGUUCCGAGUCUACUCGUGAAGACACAGACAAAAUGGACACAGACCAGAACGAUGCAAACACGAAAGCUGGUUUGUUCAAAGCUUUAAUAACACUCCUGCAAAGUGGUCACACUAAAGCAAAAAUCCGCGAAGAUGUUGCCCAUUGUUUGGGUUAUCUUGCCAUUGGCGAUCAGGAAUUUUUCGCCAAACGGCUGCUUGAUAGCUUCCUUGGAAUGCUGAAGCUAACCAAAGAUCCUGCAUUACAUAUUGCCAUGGGACAAGCUUUGGUAUAUACCAUUCAGGGGCUUUCCAGUGGACAGAGACGAGCCGAUCAGGAUGCAGAAGGUAAUGUUAGCGAUGAGACGCUCAAUUGGUUCCUGAUUGAGUUGGUCCGGAAAGUGAAUGAGCCGCAUGCAUAUUUGAAGCAGGCGUGUGCCAUCUGGUUGCUGGCAAUAGUGAAGAACUGCAGCAAGCGCAAACCGGUGAAGAACAACAGACAGAUUAUGCAACUGGCAUUUACGGAUUUACUCUCCGAGGAUAAUGAACUGGUUCAAGAUGUCGCUUCUCGUGGAUUAGGAAUAGUAUAUUCGAUUUCAAACAAUGAUAGUCAAGAAGAAUUGUCGAAUUUACUGUUGGAUCAGUUGGUUGGCGGUAGACGACAGGUCCAGAAGGUGACAGAGGAUACCAAGCUUUUCGAGGAAGGUGUGCUAGGGAAGGCUCCAACGGGCGGUAAUUUGACAACGUACAAGGAACUCUGCAGUCUUGCUUCGGACCUGAAUCAACCGGAAAUGAUCUACCAGUUCAUGCAGUUGGCGAACCAUAAUGCCACCUGGAACAGUAAGUUGGGUGCAGCAUUCGGACUACAGUCGAUUUCGAAAUCGGCCAAGCUGAAGAUGGAACCAUAUCUCGGAAAGAUAGUCCCGCGACUGUUUCGAUAUAAGUAUGAUCCAACGCCCAAGAUUCAAAAUUCGAUGAUCAGUAUCUGGGAUUCGGUAGUCAGUGAUUCGAAGGCAACGGUUGAAGCUUACUACUGGGAAAUUCUGGAGGAUGUCAGUAAGAAUUUGACCUCUCCGGAAUGGCGAACUCGCAUUGCCUGCUGUUUGGCGGUGCGAGAUUUGAUCAAGAGGAACGCUGGAUUGAAACUACGAUGUGAUGAGAUGACCAAGAAACAUGACGAUACAGAACGUAUGGAAGUAGAUGAAAAAGUGGUUCCAGAACCGGAGCUCGUUUUUCUGUGGAGUCAGUUGUUUCGAGUAAUGGACGAUAUUCACGAAGGAACUCGUUUGGCUGCUGAAGGGACGGCCGGUGCGCUGAGUAAGGUUUGUGUUGCUGCAGCAUCAAGCGAUCACUCUAAAUCCGGAUUGAAUGUGUCGGGUUCGAUCAUUCCAUUGUUUCUGGAGACAGGAGUUACGAAUACGGUGGUGGAGAUUCGAAAGCUAAGCAUCAAAACUCUGUCGGAUUUGAUCGAUUCGGCCGGUUCGUUGAUUAUGCCUCAUUUAACAUGUUUGGUACCAUGUUUGUUGCGGGCUACUGGAGAACUGGACUCGGCGAAGCUGUCCUAUCUAUCAACGAUGAUGGCUGGUCAGGGUGGCACUCAGGAAGUCGUAGAUUCCAUGAGAGCUGAAGCGGCCAAGCAACAUUACACAAUGGAAACUUUAACCAAGUGUAUUAGACACAUUGAUUAUGGCACUCUGGAAAAAAUGACUCCAGCCGUACUGGAUGUAAUGAAGACUGGUGUCAACCUGGGUACGAAAGUGGCUUGUGCUCAUUUCGUAUGCUUAAUUAGUAUUCAACUGGGAUCUGAAAUGCAACCACUAACAAGCAAAUAUUUAGGUUCAUGCUUUAGUGGCCUAUCGGAUAGGAACGCUACGGUUCGAAAAUAUUUCGCGUCCGCUAUUGGCCACUUGAUGGGAACGGCAAAGGAACAAUCUAUUGUCCGUCUAUUUGCCAAGCUCCAGGAGCUUUAUUUCGAACAGCCAGCCAACCGUGCUGUUCCGUUGACCAUUCAAGCUAUCAAUAAGCGUCAUCAAGAAAUUCUCAAAGACUAUUCUUCCAAUGUGCUACCGCUCAUGUUCUUUGCCAUGCAUGAAGGGGUAACUGAGGAGAACAAAUCCACCAAUGAACUGUGGCAAGAGCUGUGGCAUGAGAUAAAUACGGGUGACUCGGGAUUACGCAUGAAUUUACCAGCGAUCCUAGAGAUUUUGGAAAAUAAAUUGAAUGAUCCUUCGUGGUUGCUGAAGGCACAGGCAGGAAACGCAAUCAGUACUUUGGCCACCAAACUUAGCAGCAAUCUGGAUGAUGAGGUACGACAUAAGUUGAUUGAUUUGAUUUUAGCAAACAUCUCUGGAAGAACAUUCCAUGGCAAGGAAAAACUGCUGCAAGCGUUGGCUAGUUUAUGUAAGAAUUUGAAAAAAGACACUAAUCAUUACACGAGAAUUAUCGAUGGCGUGAUGAAGGAGUGUCGCAAGGAGGAACCGGUCUAUCGGACACACGCACUGAAAUCACUAGGAAAUAUCCUGGACGAGCUGAAGGAAGAUCGAUUUGAGGAGGUAUACAAUAUGGUUUGGCAUUUGCUUGACAAGCAGGAUCUCUCGGAUGGGGAUAAGGACGACAAAGAGGUGAUUUCUUCAGACGAGAAAAACAAGCAAAUGUUAAUUUUUGUCAACCUAAAAGAGACAGUGUGCGAAACGUUGGGGAAAGCAUGGCCCGAGCAUUCGAUGGAAACGCAGAAUCGCUAUCAGGCAAAGUUUGUGGAGAAGUGUGUGCAGUGCUUGAAGUUAAACACCAGGCAGGUGCAGAUUUGUCUUUUGCAAUCACUAGCGAGAUUUCUUGAGAGAUUAAAUCUAUUAAAAAUGGAGGAGACUAUAGUCGUAGAAGAAAACAAAGAGAAAAAGGCAAAAGUGGAUUCAGAGAAUCGGGAGAUUUUGGAGAAUAUUUGUAAAACCGUUUUAUCAGCUAUUGUUGAUGUGGCGGGAAUUCCUCACACGGGACUGAAGAAGGAGGCACUCAACAUUAUGCUGAUCUUGAUUAAUAAAUUGAAAACAAGGGAUUGUUUGGCUAACGGUCCCGAGCUGGUAUUAGUGCGACAGACAUUCGAACAGAUUUCGAUCGUGUUACAGAAAGACGCAGCACCGGAGAUAAAAUGUCGACUGAAGGAUAUUGAGGAUAAGUUGAAGUAAAAGUUUGUGGAUUCAAGAAUGAAAAAUGUCGAGUCUCGCAAGUACUCAUCUCAUAAUGUUUCAAUGCUUAUUUACUUCAUUUACUUUAUUGUGAAUCUACGAUUGAAUAAAUUUCAUUCUUUACAACGAA